AUGGCCGCCAUCAACAUCAAGCUCGCCGUGGACAGAUCCUGCAACCGUGUGUUGUUCGCCGACGCCGGCUCCGACUUUGUUGACGUACUCCUCUCCUUCCUCACUCUGCCGCUCUCCGCCCUCCAGUGCUGCGCCUCAGGAGCGCCAUCGCCGGGUUGCCUCUCCAACCUCUGCGACAGCGUCGAGCGCCUCAGUAACAGUAGGCUGCUGAAGGUUGAGGCCUGCCAUGGCAUGCUUCUCACGCCUGCUCACACCGAUGAGUUCCGGUGGUGCAAGUCCACUCACAUCCCUCCCGGAGGGGCCAGGCUCGGCUCGUCAUCUCACAGUUCCUGCAAGUGUUGGCUAAUCAUGGCUAGAGUUUUGCAUGUCUUCGAGCAAGUGGGCAGGAUAGGCACGAGUACAGACUUUGUAGAUGACAAACAACGGUUUGUGAUCAGUGAUGACAUGAGAAUCAAGCCAGCAUCCACCAGCAGCAUGCAGUCCCUGCCGCAGGCGUUUGGUUCUGAUGGGACCGUCCAUAACUUUGAGGUGGUUGAACAGUUGGUUGGGUGGGAGCAGGUUUUGUCCAUGCUGAAGGCCUCUCCUUCAAAAAAUACAGUACUCACUGAUGCAUUUCUUGCAAAUGGAACCGAUGAUAUGGCUGCCCGUGCUACCGUGAAAGUGAAGCCGAGUAUCAAUCACAAAAUUCUACCGUCCGAUCAGGAUGCUGCAGGUCUCUUUUCACAAGAAAGUAAGAUCAAGGUCUUCUUCGACACCCGUGAGAAGAAGGUCAUGUAUGCGGAAUGCAACCAUGAGUUCAUCGACCUGCUCCUUGGAUUCUUGACUUACCCUAUCAGCUGUGUGAUCAAAACCACGGGGCCUGGCGCUUGCCAUCUUGGAAGGUGGUCCGACAAUCUCUAUGGAAGCGUCACCGAUCUCCUCAAUGCUAAGUGCUUCACGAGAUGCCUCGCCCCUAUGAUGUUACUGGAUCCAAGCGCUAUGCCGUUUAUCGCUUUGAGCAACAUGACGUGCCAUGCGGCCCUUAACUGCGGCUGCCCCAAGGAUGAUAUAUUACCGUACUGCUUCCGUCGUGAGCUUGUUGAGAGCGGGAGGUAUGUAGUGGAUGAUGAUCUACUUGUACAUCAGGGCUCUGCCAUGUCUGUGAUGAAGCAUUGGUGUGGGAGAAACAAGGUUAUGGUACUGGAAAUGGACAUUACCAUCGGGAAGCCGGAGGCCCUUGCGCUGCUGAGAGCGAUGCUUACCUCGAAGGCGGUGCUCACCGCACAAAGUUCCUUUGUAGCUCGUCCUACGUAG